AUGAACAGAUUUGAAGAAGCUUUAGAAAAUUCUAAUUUAGCAAUAGAAAAAAAUCCAGAAGUUAAUUUAUAUUUUUCUGUAAAAGCUUUUAUUUUACUUGCAAUGAACAGAUUUGGAGAAUCUUUAGAAAGUUGUUUUUAAACAAAUUUAUAGGAUCCAACAAGUUAUUUUAUAAAGGCUUAUACUUUACAUUUAAUGAACAGAUUUGAAGAAGCUUUGGAUAAUUAUAAUUUAGCAAUAGAAAAAACUCCAGAAGAUUCAAUAUAUUAUAUUGGUAAAGGUUUAAGAAAAUAUGGAUUAUAUUUAGCUGCGACAUUACAGAAAAUGAACAGAUAUGAAGAAGCUUUGGAUAAUAAUAAUUUAGCAAUAGAAAAAAAUCCAGAUGAUUCAAAUUAUUUUAAUAAUAAAGCUGUGACAUUACAAAAAAUGAACAGAUAUGAAGAAGCUUUAGAAAAUUAUAAUCUAGCAAUAGAAAAAAAUCCAGAAGAUUCAAGAUAUUUUAAUAAUAAAGCUGUGACAUUACAAAAAAUGAACAGAUAUGAAGAAGCUUUAGAAAAUUAUAAUUUAGCAAUAGAAAAAAAUCCAGAUGAUUCAAAAAAUAUGGAUGAUAUUUUAGCUGAGACAUUACAAAAAAUGAACAGAUAUGAAGAGGCUUUAAAAAAUUUAAUUUUAGCAAUAAAAAAAAAUCCAGAAGAUUCAGAUAUUUUAGCUAAUACUCUAUGUAACUUGAACAGAUUUGAAGAAGCUUUAGAAAAUUAUAAUUUUGCAAUAUAAAAAAAUCCAGAAGAUUCAAGAUAUUUUAAUAAUAAAGGUUUAACUGAGACUUUACAGAAAAUGAACAGACAAGAAGAGGCUUUGGAAAUUUAAAAUUUAGCAAUAGAAAAAAAUCCAGAAGAUUCAGGGUAUUAUUGUCAUAAAGGUUCAAUUAAAAAUUGUUGA